AUGGCCUCAGAGUUUUUCUCUAUAUCUGAUUUCUCAAUAAAUUGCAGUUUAUUGGGUCUUGUCUCAAGGUUUGCUCCAUGGAAAUCGAGUUUAUCAAGUGCCUAUAAACCAACCACAUCCAGCGCGUAUUCAUCACGUGACGAUAUAAGCUCAACACGUUAUAGCUCAUUGGCUACACCAAGCACAUACAGGCCUUCAUUUGCAGGUGGCACAUAUCGCAUAAAACGUGAACCGCCUCCAGUACCUGUUACGACAUAUACGAGUCGCUAUGCAGCUGUUAAUAGUACAACAUCAAGUGGUACAGGGCGUAGUGAAAAAGAAAAUACUAAUGAUGGAUCCAGUAAGAUUGGACAAAUUAAGCGUUAUACAACUACAACAAGUAAUCUAGGUAAAUAUGGAUCACGUGAAGCAAGCCCCGCUGCACUUGAGCGCACUAAUCGUAUCAAAAGUCGAGAACCAAGUCCGGUUUCAAGAUCGAUAAGAGGGAAAUCACGUGACCCAAGUCCGGUGAUUGAUACCAAAUGUAAAAUAGGUUAUAAUGGCGUUAACACAUACCGAAUGAGCACACCAAGAUCCACUGCUUCAACAUAUACAAGUCGUUAUGGGGCUGGGACUAAUACACGAACCAGCAAUGUGCUACCAGAUAAAUCAAUUUCAUAUUUAUCUGUUAGUGACUUUAGAGCACGUUCAAUAAGUCGUGCCAAGGAGAUUGCUUUACGUAAGUCGAGUGAAAAAGAAAUCGAAGAAGCUACAGCAACCCAAGUAGAGGAAGAUAUUAUAGAGCCAAUAGCUGCAGAGCAAAAAGACGAUAACCUUGAAAGUGAAGAGUUAUCGGAGGAAGAAACAUUUGUAAAUGUUUCAGUGGUAACAAGAGCGACUUCGCCUACUCCACCUGGCAGCACUACAGUGCAGCGUACAAGACGUAUUGACAUAGCAAAAACAAUUGAGAAAACAAUACAACGUUCGACCAAAAAGAAAAAAAUGCUUGAGAAAGAAAUACAGUCAGAUAGGUUGGAUGAUUCGACACGUUACUCACGUUUCGGUAUCAGUAGUCGUGUGUCCUCGUACAGCCCACACAGUGAAAGUCGAUACUCAAGCAACUUACGUUACAGUGCCAGCCCCUUGUCGAGUGCUUCGAAGUCUACAUCUUCAAGCAAUGAAAAUAAAAAAGAUGAUGCCAGUAGUAGUAACAGCAAUAAAACUAAUCGUACCACAAGCAGUAAGUCAAAGUUAUCACCAUCUAAAGUUGUACGUAUCAAUUCCAGACAAUCUUCCGUGGAAAAUUUAUCGGCCAGUAAUGCCAAGCCACCAGCGGCGCCCAAAGCAGAAUCACCAUCUAAAACCUCUACAAGUAGUUCCAGUGCAGUAGUUAAAUGGCCUAAUAAAGAUUUCAGAAAAUCUGCGCUCAAUGUAGGUCCCACAGAUCGUCCACGAAAAUCACGCACUCCUAGCACUGGAACAGACUCUGAUGCCAUGCCAGCAAAUACCUGUGAGAUUAAAAGCACUAGCAAUGCUAACAAUAACCAGCGUGGAGAGCGUGCCUCUAGUGUGGGUUCGGAGUGCAGUAAUGCAUCUGCAACUUCCAAUGGCAAACGUACUACCAAUAGUGGUGAUGGAAAAGUACGUCAACGCUGUCAUGUCAAGGUCAGCAAUAAUACAACCACCUCAACAUUGAGUCGCAACAACAGCAGUACAAGCUUAAAAAAUGCCUCGCAUAAAUCAUGCACGCCAACCACAGCAGUUUCGUCAUCAAGUGGUACUGAGAGCUCAUCUGAAAAUCGCAAAACAAACAAGAAAAGUACAAAGAAGAAGGCUACAAACACCCACAAUAAAACGGUCGAGAAUGCCAAAUUCCGAGGAGAUAACAACGCAGGUGAUGUUAAUGAUUUGUCGCCAAAACAUUCAACAAAAUUCGAAAAUAGCAAAACAUCACAACCACCAGCAACGAAGAGUGCAGCCACGAAUCAGACUGACUCAUCUGCACAGAGAGCGGAGGAGAGCACAAGCACUGCCACCACAACUGCCAGCGAUUAUCGUUUGCAGAAAUUGUCAAACGUUUCGAAUUUUUUCGUGAAUUGCCAGAACGAUGCAAAUAGCGAGCCGAUUUUCGUGGAAAGCUCUGAGAGUUCGAGCGAUUUAAAUACAGACCAAUUGAAUGAGCAGAACAACGUUAGUCUAACGGAAGAUUUCGAAACGAAAACGAACUCGCAAGCGUACAUAUCGCCUACGAGCAAAGCUACUAAAACGAACAGUGAUCCUGCAAGAAAAGCAGCAUCCUCAAAUUCGAACUCGAAUUCAAUACGGUAUUCAAAUACAAACACGAAAAGUGCUGAGGAUUCAUUUGUCUACAAUCCACCGUGUUCAUUACGCAGCAAAAAUUCUUUGAGUACACACUCCAGUGAAGCUAGAACAGAGAGUUCAUCCUAUACUCAACGCACAGCUGCCACGGAAAGUGAGCUGCAACCAAAUACAGAACAGGACGAGAGCAGUUGGUGGCAAGACACAAGUCGACAAAUUGAUACUACAUCGGCCCUUGAUUACAACUACAAAGACGAAAUGCAUUUCAAGCUAAGACAUAUAGACUCUGGCGAAACCGCUUGGUGGUUGCGAAAUGACGAAGAUGACACCCUCGCCGAUGACAAUAUUAAGACAUUUAACAACGAAGAUGAUGCAGAUGAUGUAACUGAUGCUGUGCCAUCUCUGCCUUCCAAUAGUAAUAGUGGAGCACAUAAUCAAACCAAACAAAAUUGGUGGACAAGUGAAACCGAUGAUGAGCACGAUCCAGAUAUAAGUAGAUGUAGAUCCGCAGAAGCACAUUAUGAGCCAAGUAGUGCGGCAAUAGAAAGUUGGGAGUCCAGACAAUAUCAAAUGCCAAAAAGUCAUUGUACUCCAGAGAAGCAAUGGUGGAGUGAAUCGAGCAAUAGUAAAAAUACGGCAAGCAACAAUACUUCAAAACAAAAUGGUGCCAUUCAAUUGAAAAUCUGCCGAAUAGAAUCUGGAGAGCGGCCUUGGUGGUUAGACGAAGAGUCCGGCAAUAAUAAUGAUAAUGAAGGUGUUAUUGAAGACAAUACCACAGUUGAAGCUACUAUUAAGUUACCAAAAAAAAGUAACAACAAAAGUAGUAGUAAUAGUAAAAGCGUAGAACCUUCAGAAGAUGGCUCCAAUAAUGCAAACAAAAGUGAACAAGAACAUCGCUGGUGGAUGUCAGCGCCAACAAAAAAAUUACUUAACAUAAAACGUGUGGAGUCAGGUGAAAAGGCUUGGUGGCAGCAAGAAGACACAGAGUCUAAUAACAAUGCUGAUAUCGAAGUGACACAUACGCAAACGAAAUUUUCCCCUAUGAAGCGUAACGAUUCUUGUGAAAAGGAUUGGUGGCUGGAGAGCAAUAAUGACAUCCCAAGUAAUGGUAAACAAAAUGGACAACUACAAAUAAGAGAGUCUGAUGAUGAUUCUGAUGGGGAAGUAAAUCAAAAUGGUGGCGACAUUGAAGUGCAAAACAUAAAUACCUACAAUGGCAACGACGAAAUUGGCAGAUAUAUCGAUUCGAAUGCGGAACUGAGUAAUUCAUUUAAUUUUGAAUACAGUGAACGCCCGCCACCGCUGGGACAAUGUGCCAGUCCCGUUGGCCACGAAGAAAACACAACAAAUAUGCGCCUCUGUAAAUCGCCAUACGAUAACAUUCCAAUGUCAACAGUUCAAUCUAAAUCACUGCAACAACAACAACAACAACAGCAACAAGUGUAUCAGCAACAACAGUCAACAAACACAAAUCCGUAUUGCUAUUUCAACAACAGCAACAACAAUGGCCACAGUAAUGCUAAGCAAGCACAACAACUGCAACAACAACAGCAACGUGAGCUUUUCAUAUCGCGUCAUCAAAGUAUCGAUGAGCUUUUGGGUGGUUCGUGUAGACCAUUGAGUCCACUGUUUUUUGAUGGCAACAGCUUUUCAACACUGCCAACAAACCGAAAUAUGUUUUUAGAGAAGAUAACACCCGAUCAAGUGAUAAUACAUGAUAGCACAGCACAAAUGCCGAUUAUUCAGCGCAUGGAGAGAGAUGAAUGGGAUAAUUGCAAUGGUGCGACAAAUGGACGACCAACGCUUGGAGCCCCACAAAUUCCGUAUGAGUAG